AUGGCGCCUCGUGGCAGCCAGAAGUCGAGCCGAUGGACUGAUCCCGAUCCGAAGGGCAACAGGCCAAUUACUUCAAACGAGGAAGGCCCAAAACGCUUGAAACCAUUAAGUAAAGCACUCAGCAAGGCAAAGGCGGGAACCACUGAGACUGAAUCGCCCAGUCCUCCCAAGAAGAGAAACGGCAGAGUCAAGGCAAAUGAUCAGUCCAACCCGGGAGGUAGACCCAUUCAAUCCUUUUUCAAUUCUGCUGCGCAGAAGCAGCAGUCCUCACAAUACGUACCGAAUUCGGAGAAGCUAGCACCGCUCCACAACGAGGUGGAAACUAUCCAGGAUUGCACAGAUGAAGAUGAGGCAGCCGAAGACUCAUCUCAAACGACAUUAUCCAAGGGCUCCAGUACAGCUUUGGCCGCACGGAAACGCAAGUUUGGAGCUGCAAAUAACUUCGAACGAACGAAUGAGCCAGUGCGCCACGCUUCUCAAAAAUUCCAGAAGACGAGCAAUGGGGAAAGAGUUACGGCCGCGGCCAAAUCUCAUGACAUCUCCACUCCAUGGACGGAACGAUUUGCGCCCAAUGAUCUGUCAGAGCUGGCUGUGCACAAACGCAAAGUAGCAGAUGUACGGAAAUGGCUCGAUCUAGCGUAUCGUGAGCGGCACCAAAAAGUAUUGAUCCUGAAGGGUGCAGCCGGGACUGCAAAGACGACCACCUUGCGUCUACUGGCGAGAGAUAUUGGCAUAGAACUGAUCGAAUGGAGAGAGUCUUCAGCGUCUGACAACACUUCUGAGGGGGUGAUCGCCUCCGUGCAGCGCUUUGCGGAUUUUGUAGCUCGAGCUGGGAAUGUUCAGGGCCUGACUUUGUCCACUGACAAGAAUGCUGUUGCGCCAGCAGUGGAGUCGCAGCCAGAUAUUGGGCAAAGCAGUGCUGCACGCGAGCACCGGCAAGCUUUACUGGUGGAAGAGUUUCCCAACACAUUCUCGAAAGCCUCCAGCGCGCUACAGUCGUUUCGAACCACUCUUGCCCGGUACGUAAUGUCAACUGUUGAAGCAGACGCAUGGCCGACACCAGUUGUUCUGGUCAUCUCUGAGACACUGUUGUCAACGAACACUGCGAGUGCAGACAGCUUCACAGCGCAUCGUUUACUGGGCCCAGAGCUCACUAGUAACCCGAACAUCAACACGAUCGAAUUCAACCCCAUCGCACCCACGAUACUGACUAAGGCCCUUGAGAUGAUUGUUGUCAAGGAAGCCCGCAAGUCUGGUAAAAGAAAGACUCCCGGUCCUGAUAUUCUCAAACGACUUGCCGAAUGCGGUGACAUCCGGAGUGCUGUAUCCUCUCUGGAAUUCCUUUGCGUACGAGGCGAUGAGGGAGACACCUGGUCAUCCAAGGUGGCAUUCACGAAACCAAAGCACGCUAGAGCUCCAGCGCCAACUACGAAAGCCGAGCAAGACGCCAUGAGACUGAUCAGUAAUAGGGAGAGCAGUCUUGGCAUCUUUCACUCCGUAGGGAAAGUGGUAUACAAUAAGCGCAUGGAUCCCAUAGCUGGACAGCCUGUGGCUCAGCCGCCGCCCUGGCUAUCGCAUUACAAUCGAACUAAGGCCAGUGAGACUGAUCCGAACCUGCUACUGGAUGAACUUGGGACGGAUACAACCACAUUUAUGGCCGCGCUUCACGAGAACUAUGCCCUUUCGUGCGCCUCACCAACCGCUGAACAGAGGCUGGACAGUCUUCUCGGAUGCAUGGAAAAUCUGUCCGACUCCGAUAUUCUCUCGUUAGAUCGCUUCUCUUUUGGCACUCGUGCAUUUUCCGGUUCAGCCACCGAUACCUUGCGGCAGGACGAGAUGUGCUUUCAAGUGGCCGUGCGAGGUCUGCUCUUCAGUUUACCCCAUCCGGUGCAUCGCAGCGAAGCCGGGAACGGCAAGCGUGGGGAUGCACAUCGAAUGUUCUACCCGGCAUCACUCCGAAUCUGGCGUAGGAGAGAAGAAAUCGAGAGUGAAUUCCACGCAGUCAUUGAUCAAAUCGCCUCAGCAGCAGGCCUUGACCACAUGAAAGACGCAACAACAACAACCAGCAGCACUCCAUCCACAGGAAUCGAAACCUGGAAACAGAACAAAUUCGGCAAACAGCCACCCAAACCAUCUCCGCAUUCUAACUCUCCAGAUUCGCUGCUCCUAGAAACUCCACCACCGAAACUCAGCUCACAAGCCAAAAAUGAAAUGCUCCUCGAUCGUCUACCAUACAUGGCACAGAUCCUCCGCGCCACAGGAAAGUUUACAAAGCAGCAACAGUUGCGAAACCAAAUUUUGUCGAUUACUCAAAUCAAAGGAAACGUUCUGCCAGGUGAUGAUGACGCCGAUGAUUCUGAGGAUGAGGACGAGGAGGCGGCACACGACGGUGGCGCGGCUGUGGAAGCAUGGGCGACAGAUCGGCCACAUGCAGAGGAUAAGAGUAUGUCGUCGAAAACGGCGGGGUCUGCGUCGAGACCGGUUGUCGUGUUGCAGAAGAAGAGUAUACCGGUGGAGAAACGAGUGCAAAGUUUGGUAUUAGAGGACGACGACAUUGAAGAUUGA